CCCUAGAAUAAAAAAAAGUUGUCUCUGAAAUUUUCCAGAUUAAGGAAAAUGUUAUUUAAAAAUUAAACUGUUUAAACGGGUAUGGUUGAACGGGUACGUGUUAAAACUCCACACUUGAUAUAUCGAUUUAUCUAUAUUGCACUUUAGCCUACAGGGGCUUUAAAUGAGGACUAGGAAGAGAACAUGCGCAGUUCUUAGAAAGGAAUACCCGAUUUGCGGUACUACUUUCAGUUUGGUGUUUGGUUUUUAUCUUAUUUACAUCAGAAUUGUAAUAAAGAAAAGAUAAUAGACAUGUCUGCUGAAGCUGACAGCGAUAACAAAAACUUUGUUACCGAUAACAAAUUCGUUACCGUUGGGAAAGUAAAAGUUCGAGUCAUUCAAGGGGAUAUAACAGACCAACAGGUCGACGUCAUUGUAAAUAGUAAUGGAUCUGACCUUGACCUAAGUAAAGGUAAAGCCUCCAGUGCUCUGUUAUCGGCUGCUGGGAACAGCAUUCAGAACAACUAUCCUAAUGGAAUACUGGACGGAGAAAUUGCCAUAACCUCUGGAGGACAGUUAUCCUGUGAUGCUAUUUACCAUGGGGCCCUGUCAAAGUACUCUUCAUCACAAGAUGAACAGACCCUCGAAAAACUUAUCAAUGCUUGUUUGGAUCAGGCGAAUACAGAUGGAUACCAGACGAUGGCGAUUCCCGCCCUUGGUACUGGGUUUCUUUCCUUUCCAGUUACCACUGUGGCUAGGAUCAUGUUUGACUGCAUACAAAACUUUACACCCCAAUUCUUAGAUGAGAUUCGGAUCGUUAUAUAUACAACAGAAAAGGAUACUUUCAAGAAAUUUUUGACGGAAGCGAAGAAGUUUGUUCACAAAGGUAAAGGAGGUCAAACAAGACCAAUGUCUAAUAGUCAUAAAAUAGGGAAAAUGACCAUUGAAGUUGUGGUGGACACACUGAGUUCUAUUCAAGCAGAUGUUUUAGUAUGUAGUGGACCAAAAGACUUAAAGCUAAAUAAUGGUGGCUUAUCACAAUCACUGCUAGAUGUGGCUGGAGAAGAAAUGCAAAAAGAACUCGACGACAAUUUUCCAAAUGGCAUCGACUAUGGUGAAUGUGCUGUGAGCAAAGGUUAUAAACUGGAUUGCAAUUAUGUUUAUCACGGUGCCUUACCGAAAUGGGGAUCCAACUCACCAGAUCCCUCAUACAUCCUUAAGAAAUUUAUGUCAGAUUGUUUAGAAGAAGCAAACAAACAUUCAACAAAAUCAAUAGCGUUUCCGACCCUUGGUCUUGGAUCACUACAUUUCCCUGUGGAUCAGACAGCUAAGCUAAUGGUGCAAUGUAUCCGUGACUUUAAUAUGACACAUCGUCAGAUAAGCAUAAAGAUUGAGAAAGUUAUCAUUGUUGUGUACGGCAACGAAAAGAAUUGGUCACAAGCACAAUCUAAAAUACUUCAGGAACUGAAAGGCCAGACGUUUGCUGCAACUGUUACAAAGACUGUAUACUCUAGUAAAAUUGACAGCGUUUCGGUGAAUGUCAAAGUUGGAAAUCUCACGGAAGAAAAGGUAGAUGUCAUUGUGAAUAGUGUCACUCCAGAUCUAAGAAUGGGGGCGGGUACUGCUGCAGCUGUAGCCACAGCAGGCGGUGCCGGGCUGACCAACGAACUUGCCCAGAAUUACCCAAAUGGAAUUCAACAUGGCGAAAUUGCUGUCACUGCCGCCCAUGAUAUAUCCUCAGUCAAAGAAAUAUAUCAUGGCGCUCUGCUGCCGUGGUAUUCAAAACGGUCAGGAUCAACAAAGCCUCCGGCUGAGCUUUUGGAGGAAUUUGUUAUGGAUUGUCUACAGAAAGCCAACUCUUCAGGACAUAAAUCGAUAGCUUUUCCUGCCCUCGGAACCGGAUAUCAUAAAAUCCCAGCAGAUAUUGCAGCUUCCAGUAUGAUUUCAGCAUUUGAGAAAUUUUGCAACAAAACUCCAAAGAAAACUAUUUCCGAUAUUCAAGUGGUGUUAUUUGGAGGUUCUAGUGAUCUUCAAUAUUUGGAAAAGGCCUUCCAGAGUGAAUUGAGUCAUAUGACAACCGAAUUGUCAACAGAAUCUGGAGCAAAUGGAGGAAGGGCACACAGAAAUCACCACAGACAUAUCCAAAGACGAGGUCUUAAAGUGAUGCCACAACGUGGAACAAAGAAUUAUCUGAUCUGGAAAUACCAAGAGGAGGCUCGUACUCCAGCUUACUGGACAAAAUUUACCAACAAAAAGAAACUCAAAGAGUGGAAUUUAGCUGUGAAAUCCGGAGCAACACAUUUAGAAAACGUAGAUCAAAACACGUUCCAAAGCAUAGAAAAAGCUUUUAAAAGUACAUUAGGUAAUAAACAAAUAGUCAGCAUUCAAAGAAUCGAAAAUGUGGAACUUUUUUCGAAAUACUCGGAUGAAUGUCAAAGACUAUUUAGAAAAGCAAUAGCUGAAGGAAACUUUGUUCCAUUGGACAAGGUUAAUGGUUCAAGUGGCCCGGCAAAGACAAUGGGUCAUUUGGACUCUGUAAUGAUAAAUCACACACAUCACGAAAUCAACGAGUAUUACUUCUUUCAUGGAACACAACCGGGCUGUGUUUCAGUUAUCACUGGUCAAGGACUGGACAACAGAUUAGCUUACUCAGGAGGAUUACUUGGAACAGGUGUUUAUGGUGCAGAAGAUUCAGCAAAAUCCGAUGGAUAUACAGGAGUUGAUACAAAUGGAAGUCGUCCAAUGUUUCUGAUGAGAAUGUGUCUUGGUGAUAUAUACAUGACAACUAAAACUGGUAGUUUUAAGAGGCCACCUUGUAAGAAGUGUGGUCAGAUGGUAUGUACCACUUUUUUACAUAUCUUUCAUCAACUUUCAUUGAUGGCAACAGAUGGCGGUAGCAGAUUCGUUAUUGUGGGGAAUAUCAGAGUUCGUGUUAUUAAGGGAAACCUUUCUGACCAACAGGUUGAUGUAAUAGUAAAUAGCAAUGGGUGUGACCUUGACCUGAGUAAAGGUCGUGCUUCAAAGGCUUUGUUAAAUGCUGCUGGUUCCGGAAUUCAGAGGGAAUGCCAACAGAAAUACCCUAAUGGGAUACAGUACGGAGAUAUUGCCAUUACCUCUGGGGGACAACUUUCUUGCAAGGCGAUUUAUCACGGGGCGCUGUCAAAAUAUUCUUCAAAACAAGAUGAACAGACACUUGAAAAUCUCAUCGAUGGCUCAUUGAAACAAGCGGAAUCAGAUGGCCAUCAGACGAUCGCUUUUCCCGCGCUUGGUGCUGGAAGGCUUGGAUACCCUGCAACAACUGUUGCCGAAAUUAUGUUAACUUGUAUAAAAAAUAUUACUCCACAAUCACUCCAGGAAGUCCUCGUUGUGAUCUUCAAGAAAGAUCACGAUCUUUUCAAGACAUUCUUGACAGUGGCUAAAACAUAUACAUCUUUACAGGCAGAGGUCCAUUAUCCUACUCCACAGCCACAUGUAUCGAAAAAAGGUCCACAAAAUAGCGCUAAAAUUGGCAAACCAGACGUUGAGGUCAUUGUAGGCGCGUUAAAUAGUGUUCACGCAGAUGUGUUAGUGUGUAGUGGACCAAAAGACUUACAACUCAGCAAUGGAGGAUUGUCUGAAGCUUUGUUGAGGAUUGCUGGUCGACAAAUGCAAGAUGAACUAAACAAUAAUUAUCCCAAUGGUGUUGAAUACGGAGAUGUUUCAGUCAGUAGAGGUUAUCAACUUCCAUGCAAAUUUGUGUACCACGGGGCUCUGCCAAAUUGGGGCACAAGUCAACCUGAUCCAUCAUCAACGUUAAAGAAAUUCAUGGAAAAGUGUCUGGAAACUGCUAAUAAUCAUUCCUCAAGAUCCAUUGCUUUUCCAACGCUUGGAGUUGGAUCCUUACAUUAUCCUAGUGAUCAAACAGCAAAACUGAUGGUUAAAGCAAUACGAGAUUUUACUACAAAACAUUCUCGUAUGACUAUCAGGAAAAUUAGCAUUGUAGUGUAUAAUGGAAGCCAUGACUGGUCCAAUGUUCAAAAUGAAUUUAUGACAGAAUUAAAAGGAGGAUCAUCGAGGGUCACCGCGGUUCCAGGGACCCCAGCCAUGAGUACUAUGACCCGACAGUCAUGUUCUGGUCAGGUUGGGGGUAUUCCUGUCACUGUUUUGGUUGGGAGUCUUGUUGAACAAAGGGUGAACGUCAUUGUUAACAGCGUUGCCCAUGAUCUUGCAAUGACGUCAGGAACGUCUGCUGCAAUAGGUACAGCAGCUGGACAUGGGUUAUCUCAAGAACUGGCUCAAAAUUAUCCCCAAGGAAUUAAUCAUGGCGACAUUGCUGUAUCAAAGGGACACAAUCUGAGCUGCAACGAAGUUUAUCAUGGCACUCUGUUACCAUGGUAUUCAAAACGUUCCGCAAGUACGAAACUUCCUGAUGAGGUGCUAGAGGACUUCGUCUUGGGUUGUCUAGAGAAAGCAAAUAAUACUGGCUACACAUCCAUAGCAAUUCCCGCUCUCGGAACUGGGAAUCUUAAAUUUCCUGCAGACGUGGCAGCCGCAAAAACAGUAACUUCUAUAGAAAAAUUUUCUAAGCACCGACAGCAACAGAGUAUUUCAGAUAUACGAAUUGUGCUGUAUGGGGGUAGUAGUGAUUUGCCUAAACUGGAAACGGCAUUCAGGGACGAAAUAAAUCAGGUCAAUUCUUCAGGUAAAACUUCUUCAGUCGCUUCAGUCCCUAAUAGACCUAAAAACUUGGAAUCAAUUCCACAACGAGGCACAAAAGCUUACCUUGAUUACAAAUAUCGAGAAGCGCUCAGAUCACCACCCUACUGGACCAAAUAUACCUCCGACAAAAAGCUCAAAUGGUGGAAUCUGCAAGUAAAAUCACGAAAGUUCCAUUUAGAAAAUAUUGACCAAGUCACUCAUGGAUCCAUUGAAAGUACGUUAAAAAAGACUUUAGGAAAUGCACGUAUUGUCAGCAUUCAGAGAUUAGAAAAUGUCGAACUGUUUCUUAAGUAUGGAGAAGAAUGCCAGAGGUUAUUCCGAAAAGCAAGCGUAGAGGGAAAUUUCACCCCACUGGAUAAAAUUCCACAGUCCCAUGGGCCUGUAGAAGUAAUGGCUUCGUUGGAUCCCUCAAUGACGAAACAUACUCAUUCCGAAAUAAAUGAGUACUAUUUUUUCCAUGCCACGAAGUCUCAUUAUGUUGACGUCAUUUGCAGUCAAGGAUUGGACAGUCGGCUUGCAGCGAACGGAAGACUCGGAGCGGGAGUGUAUGGAGCUGAAGUAGCCUCCAAGUCACAUUCAUAUGCAGGAUGUGACAGCAAAAACCGUUACCCAAUGUUUUUGGUAAGAAUGAGUCUUGGUGACAUUUAUCUGACCAGUUCAGGCGGAAAUUAUAAAAGACCACCAUGUAAAAUCUGUACAAACCCUGUGUGUUCGACUCAUCAGGAAAUCCAUGACAGUGUAGUGGCCAAUGGUGGAGCCUUUUCAGACCGAGAGUUUGUGGUUUAUGACAGAAAUCAGUCCUAUCCCGAGUAUCUUAUUUGGUACACUUGUUAGACCGUGAUUUUGGUUAGAUUUCAUUAUUUCUGUGCCGAUGUGUAUACAGAAAAAAAAGGACAUUA